AGGGGGUUCAUAGUGCACGUCGAUCGCCGGGGUGCCGUCGAGAGUGUGCAGUGUGCAGUUCUCUUCGUCUGUAUCUGUUUUUUUUUUUUCAUUUCUGUAAAGUGGUGCCUCAGCACGAAGAGGGGAUCGCCACCGGGGCAGAGGCUCGAACGCAUGUAGGAACAUGGCCGCAUCCAGCCCCUGCCUCCCUCUAGAGGUUGGCAGCGCAAGAGGCGGCACAAAGGGACCCUGGAUACGCGAGUCAGUACAGGAGAAGGCCGAAGUUGGCCGGACUGAGUGGUCUCGGUGACUGGACUAGCUUCGGAGGGGAGGUACCUGGUGUGGUGGACAUGGCAAUAGGCCGAGAUCAGGGCGGAGGAGCGGGUGGCGGGGCUGGCAAGGGCACCACGUCGUUGUUUAUCCUGUCGGAGGAUAACCGCAUACGGAAGGCCACCCGCUUCAUCAUCGAGUGGCCGCCCUUCGAGUACGCCGUCCUGCUCACCAUCAUCGCCAAUUGCGUGGUCCUCGCCCUCGAAGAGCAUCUGCCGAAGCAAGACAAGACUAUACUCGCACAGAAGCUCGAGGCCACGGAGGUCUACUUCCUCGGGAUCUUCUGCGUCGAGGCGAGCCUCAAGAUCCUCGCCCUCGGCUUCAUCCUCCACCGCGGCUCCUAUCUACGCAACAUCUGGAACAUCAUGGACUUCUUCGUCGUGGUGACCGGGAUCGUCACGGCGUUCUCGCAAGGCAUACAGCUGGAUGUGGAUCUGCGCACGUUGCGUGCGAUACGCGUGUUGCGACCGCUCAAACUUGUCUCCGGCAUACCGAGUCUUCAGGUGGUGCUCAAGUCUAUCAUCAAGGCAAUGGCGCCGCUCCUGCAGAUCGGUCUGCUGGUACUCUUCGCCAUCGUGAUAUUCGCUAUCAUCGGCCUCGAGUUUUAUUCGGGUACACUGCAUAAAACGUGCUACAGUAUAAUGGACAUCAAUAAAAUCGUAAAGGAGGGCGAGCAGCCGAGCCCGUGCAACACGGAUAACAAGACAGAGGCCCCGCUAGGGGCCCACGUGUGCGACGCGAACGUCUCGACGUGCAUGGAACACUGGGAGGGACCAAACUCGGGCAUCACCAGCUUCGAUAACAUCGGAUUCGCCAUGCUCACUGUCUUCCAGUGUAUCACUAUGGAGGGCUGGACUGCCAUAUUGUACUGGACGAACGACGCUCUUGGCAGCAUGUACAACUGGAUUUACUUUAUACCAUUGAUCGUCCUUGGAUCAUUCUUCAUGCUGAACUUAGUUCUCGGUGUCUUGAGCGGAGAGUUUGCGAAGGAGAGAGAGAAAGUGGAGAACCGGCAGUCCUUCCUGAAGUUGCGAAGACAGCAGCAGCUCGAGCGCGAAUUGAAUUGUUACCUGAAUUGGAUCUGCAAAGCAGAGGAGGUGAUACUCGCCGAAGAAAGGACCACGGAAGAGGAGAAAAUGCACAUAUUAGAAGUAAGAAGAAGAGCGGCGGCCAAAAAGAAGAAGCUGAAGAAUCUCGGCAAGAGCAAGAGCACCGACACGGAAGAGGAGGAGGGCGAGGAAGAUCAGGACGAUGGGUUCUCGAGAACCUCCUACUUCAAGUCGAAGGUGAAGAAGCAGGGCACCUGCCUGCAAUUCUGGCGAGCCGAGAAGCAAUUCAGGUUCUGGAUACGGAACUCCGUCAAAUCGCAGCAAUUCUAUUGGUUCGUCAUCGUCCUUGUGUUCUUCAACACUGUCUGCGUGGCCGUUGAGCAUUACGAUCAGCCGAAGUGGCUCACCGACUUCCUCUUCUACGCAGAGUUUGUGUUCCUGGCCCUCUUCAUGAUGGAGAUGUUCAUCAAGAUGUACGCGCUCGGUCCUCGCACAUACUUCGAAUCGAGCUUCAAUCGCUUCGACUGCAUCGUCAUCUUAGGCUCGAUCUUCGAGGUGAUCUGGACCGCGUUGAAGUCCGGCUCUUUCGGCCUCUCCGUCCUACGUGCCCUUAGACUCCUGAGAAUUUUUAAGGUCACCAAAUACUGGAAGAGCCUGAGGAACCUCGUGAUAUCGCUGCUCAGCUCGAUGCGCAGCAUCAUCUCCCUUCUCUUCUUGCUCUUCCUCUUCAUCCUCAUAUUCGCGCUGCUCGGUAUGCAGCUCUUCGGCGGCCAGUUCAACUUCGAAAGCGGCACGCCGCCCACCAACUUCAACACCUUUCCCAUCGCACUACUCACUGUCUUCCAAGUCCUGACUGGAGAAGACUGGAACGAAGUGAUGUACCAGGGUGUCGAGUCGCAGGGCAUGGCCUACUCGCUCUACUUCAUCGUGCUGGUGCUCUUCGGCAACUACACCCUGCUGAACGUCUUCUUGGCUAUCGCCGUCGACAAUCUCGCAAACGCGCAGGAACUGAGCGCCGCCGAGGAAGAGGAGCAGGAGGAGGACAAGGAGAAGCAGAUACAGGAGCUCGAGAAGGAGAUCGAGUCGCUGCAGAAGCCCGGGGACGGUGGCGCGCCGAAGGUGGAAAUCUGCCCUCCAAGUCCAACCCAGAAUUUCAAAGACGGAAAAGGUGAGAAGCAGGUGUCCGAAGAGAAGAAGCAGGAUGAAGACGACGACACGGGACCAAAACCAAUGCUGCCAUACUCCUCCAUGUUUAUACUGUCCCCUACGAAUCCCAUAAGAAGAGCCGCCCACUGGGUCGUCAACCUUCGGUACUUCGACUUCUUCAUAAUGAUAGUGAUAUCGCUGUCGAGUAUCGCGUUAGCCGCCGAGGACCCUGUCUGGGAGCUUGCGCCGAGGAACAAGAUCCUCAAUUACUUCGACUACGCGUUCACCGGCGUCUUCACCAUCGAGAUGGUGCUGAAGAUCAUCGAUCUCGGCAUCAUACUGCACCCGGGCUCGUACCUGCGCGAGUUCUGGAACAUUAUGGACGCGGUGGUCGUGAUAUGCGCGAUGGUGUCGUUCGCGUUCGACAUGUCCGGCAGCUCGGCCGGCCAGAACCUCUCGACCAUCAAGUCGCUUAGGGUACUGCGGGUGCUCAGGCCGCUAAAGACGAUAAAGCGCGUGCCGAAGCUCAAGGCGGUGUUCGACUGCGUUGUGAACAGUCUCAAGAACGUCAUUAACAUUCUCAUAGUGUACAUAUUGUUCCAAUUCAUAUUCGCUGUGAUCGCGGUGCAGCUGUUCAACGGCAAGUUCUUCUUCUGCACCGACGAGAGCAAGUAUACGAAGGAGGAAUGCAAUGGUCAAUACUUCUAUUUCGAGGAAGAUUCUAUGCUACCAGAGCUUCAGCAACGGAAAUGGCAAUCGCAGUCUUUUCACUACGACAACGUGAUGGUAGCGAUGCUGACGUUGUUCGCUGUUCAGACCGGCGAGGGCUGGCCGCAGGUCCUGCAGAACUCGAUGGCGGCCACGUACGAGAACAAGGGCCCCAUCCAGAACUUUCGCAUCGAGAUGUCCAUUUUCUACAUUGUUUACUUCAUCGUCUUUCCGUUCUUCUUCGUCAACAUCUUCGUGGCCUUGAUCAUUAUCACGUUCCAGGAGCAGGGAGAGGCUGAACUGCAGGACGGUGAAAUCGAUAAGAAUCAGAAAUCUUGUAUAGAUUUUACAAUACAAGCUCGGCCGCUCGAGAGGUAUAUGCCGAAGGAGCGGAAUAGCAUAAAGUACAAAAUUUGGAGGAUAGUUGUAUCCACACCAUUCGAGUAUUUUAUCAUGAUUCUCAUCGUACUGAACACGUUACUCCUGAUGAUGAAGUAUCACGAGGCGCCGCCACUUUUUUUGGACUUCUUGACCAUCGUGAACUUGAUCGUGACACUACUUUUCCUCAUUGAGUGCAUCCUUAAAGUCAUCGCCUUCGGAUACAAGAACUUCUUCAAGGACUACUGGAACAUCUUCGAUCUCAUCACGGUGAUCGGUAGCAUCGUGGACGCCCUUGUGAUCGAGUUCGGGGAGAACUUCAUCAAUGUCGGUUUCCUGAGGCUCUUUCGCGCCGCCAGGCUGAUCAAACUACUCAGACAGGGAUACACGAUACGAAUUUUACUCUGGACGUUCGUACAAUCCUUCAAAGCUCUGCCUUACGUUUGUCUCCUCAUAGCGAUGCUGUUUUUCAUUUAUGCGAUCAUCGGUAUGCAGGUAUUCGGUAACAUCGCGUUGGAUCCUGAGACUUCUAUUACCAAGCACAACAAUUUCCAAAGCUUCAUUCAAGGUCUGAUGCUGCUUUUUCGGUGCGCGACGGGCGAGGCCUGGCCGAACAUCAUGCUGUCCUGCAUAAAGGGUCGACCGUGCGACCCGAAGGCCGACAAGCAGCAGGACCCGAACAGUUGCGGCUCCAAUAUCGCCUACGUCUACUUCGUGACGUUCAUCUUCUUCUGCUCGUUCCUCAUGCUGAAUCUCUUCGUCGCCGUCAUCAUGGACAACUUCGAUUACCUCACCCGCGACUCGUCGAUCUUGGGCGCUCACCAUCUCGACGAGUUCGUCAGGAUCUGGGCCGAGUACGAUCCGAACGCCACCGGCAAGAUCCACUACACGGAGAUGUACGAUAUGCUGAAGAACAUGGACCCGCCGUUGGGGUUUGGCAACAAGUGCCCGAACCGGCUGGCGUACAAGAAGCUCAUCAGAAUGAAUAUGCCGGUGGACGAUGACGGCAAGGUCAACUUCACCACCACGCUGUUCGCCCUGAUACGCGAGAACCUCAGCAUAAAAAUGCGAUGCGCCGACGAAAUGAAUCAAGCUAAUGACGAACUACGGGAUACGAUCAGGAGUAUCUGGCCUUUACAAGCGAAAAAGAUAUUGGACCUUUUGAUACCUAGGAACGAAGAAUUGAGCAAAAACAAGCUCACCGUGGGUAAGAUAUACGUCUGCCUUCUGAUACUCGAAAGUUGGAAGACGACGAGGUUUGGUCAGAUAGAGUCUACUGGACAGAACGAUAACGAUCUUAUCGAUAACGAUAAUGCUGGGCAAAGUCCUGCAGCCCAGGCGCAAUCGGCCUUCUACAACUGCCUGCUGGACAUGGCGGCGGUAAAUCACACCGGAAAUAAUCACGGAACCGGAAGUAGGGCGAACAGCCUCGAACCGGUGACGCGACCGGCCACGGAUACCAAGCACGAACGACUCAAAGAGCACAGAGAUGAGGAAGAAGGGGCCCUAGGUGUCCUCGCAGCCGCCGAGCAUAGACGUCAGCGUAGCAUCAGAAACAAAAAGGUGAACUGGAAGAUGUCUCGCCAGUACGAUAUACUAGGCAGCAGCGGAGAGAGUAGCCAGGGAGGGGGUGGGUCUGGGGUUGUACUCGUAGUUAAUGGCGAGGAUCGCGCCCCCGAGCUAGAGCCAUUGCUGGCUGAGGUGCCCUCCCAGCGGGAUCAAAACAACUACUACCACCAUCACCAUCACGACCAAUACUACGAUACCGACAAUGAUCAAUACUAUGACCAUCACCACUACCACCACCACCAUCACCAUCAUCAUCAUGACUACCGACCACCCUCGUACUACCAACACCAGAACACCUACGCACCUCGCUCCUCGAUCCGUUACCACAAGAUGGAGCUGCAAGACGUCGUAGUAGAUGACUCGCGUGCCGGUAGUCUCGAGAGUCUCACACAUGCCGGCGAGAGGCUUCAUCCGCAUCAUCCCUCAGCGCCUCCUCCUAGACAUCGUUCGCGAUCGCCAAGCAUAAGAAGACCUUCGCCAAUAAUGCAUAGGUCGCCAUCGCCGAGGCGACAUCGUUACGACCAUCACGCUCACUACCACGAAGGACCAGGGUUUAGCGACACCGUUAGCAACGUCGUCGAGAUUCAAAGGCACACUCAUCAUCCCCAUUCGUCACAGUAUAAUCAUCGACAUAGGAUACGAGACUAUUACGACCACUGCGACUAUUACGACGAUGGUCCAUGGAGCGCCUCGACGAGUCCGGCGAGGUCGCCGAGUCCGGUUCACCGGAUAGACCGCGGCCAUUACGGUACGACCAGCCUGGAGCAACGGUCGAGGAGCCCGAGCCCGAUCGGCGGUCACCCACAUCACCAUCGUCGUCGCCAUCAUCCGCAUCAACACAGCUACCCGGUGCUGGUGGCCAGGAGGGGUCAGGGUCGCCAGCUGCCGCCGACGCCGAGCAAGCCGUCGACCCUGCAGCUGAAGCCGACCAGCAUCAACUUCCCCAAGCUGAACGCUUCGCCCACUCACGGGCCGCACAUGGGGCCGCAUGUGCCGGUGCCAUCAGGUAUGCUGCAGCAUCCGUCGCCACCGCACAUGCAGCCGGGUAUGGGCCACCUGCGACCGCUCAGCUUCGAGCAGGCGGUCGCGAUGGGCCGCGGCGGGAUGGGCCGUAUGUUACCCAGCCCAGUGCCGAACGGCUACAAGCCGCAGCCGCAGUCGAAACAGAGAACGCCCAGGUCGCGGCAUUCCGACAGUGACGAGGACGAUUGGUGCUAGCCAAAGUGGGACCCUGGACGGUGGUCCGGUGACGUGGACGCCCCCAGGCGUCUCAGGGUUUGCGCAUGAAUUGUCCAAAUGGGACACGCGUUGAUUCCGCGGUGUGCACUCGAGGGCAAUGGAAAAGCCUUGAAACCCCGGCGGUUUCCCGACGGCCAUGACCAGCCGUGCGGUACCGCGCAGGGGCGGCAAUUCCGGUCGGCGUGUUCCGGCAGCGCGACCGAAAGGAGAGAAGGCGGAAAUGAAUCGUUGAGCGCGGGGAGACCAACGUCGAUCCGAGGAGACUGAACACGGCGGCCGAACAGGGUCGGCAACUUUAUCAACGACAACAACGAGAAGUCGAUCCACCCGUCCGACAGUCGACAAGAGUAGGUCAAUCACUGGAUGGCGACGUCGCACGCGGACGAGGAAGAGUGCGAUGUGCGGCUGUUCCGAUCGAGAUGCAAUCAAACCGGCCGAGCUUGGCGAAGACUCGGCAGUCUAACUAGGAAAUCGAAUUUAGCAAGACUAAUAACAACGAUCACCCGGCCCGGGCGAUCUUCCGAGCGUCGUGGAGAGAUGAAUGCCACGAUCGCGAUUAGCCCAAUCGAUCGCCGGUCGUCGGGGACGCUCGAUGUCGCUCGGUGGUGCGGGCGACGAACGGCGGAGCGAUCGGAAGAGCGGUGUGGUCGCGACAGCUACAUCGAGAGACAAGUUGACGGUGGUGGUGGUAGUGAUGGUGGCGGCGGUGGUGGUGGUCGACAGUGGACGAGGUGGACAAAAGCGGACGUUUGCGAGAGCUCGAACCCUCCGACCAUACGAGUGAGUUGAUAUUUCAGCAUCUUCCCUCGCGCCUCGAUCGGCCGACGAUGGAUCGAGGAGUUCGCCGGGGAAGAUCCACUUUUUAUACGAUUUUCCGGAGGAGAGACUCGUCGAACGGCCGAAUCGGGCACUGUGAUCACCACAAACGUUCUCUUACGUGUGCGUGUGUCUACUGCUGCGUGUACGGGGUGUGUGUGUGUGUGUGUGUGUGUGCGUGCGUGCGAACGAACGGAUGAACGAGUGGUACGCAUGACGUAGGCGUGUGAAACCCCUUCCCUUGCGAGAUUCAUCGAUAAUAUUCGCGACUGACGCGUCGAAUCGUUCCACCUCCGUGCGGGUGACGUCGGUAAUCAGCGAUGUUCCUACGACGACGUUGAUUCAGGGUAGCUGAUCGAUUGAACCGAGUAAGAUGAGGAGAACGGCAGGGCGACACGAUUUCGAGAAGUAGAAGAGUAUAUAGAACGCGCGACGCGACUCGUCGGGCCCCGCCAUUUUGUCGGCCCUGCGAGGCCAAGGCUCCUUUUCGAGACUUUGAGAAACAUUUUGUGUUCUUUCCCCCUUUUCCCUUCGCUGUAGGAAUGUUCGUCAAAAGCGGGUCGUCGGGAAACCUCGCCGCGUUACACAGAACGGACUGACGAACGAGAGCGAGCGUUUCCCGACGAGUCGCCCGGCGAGAGAGAGAGAGAGAGACCCUGACCGAGGCAAGGAAUAGUGGAAGUCAAGGGUUGACCCUCUUAACGCGUAACAAUCGUACAGGAGAGAGAAUCCAAACUGUUCUACCGGGACUCAGUAGCUCCAUUCUGCCAUUAGCGAAGUCGCGUGAGGAAACACUUUAAUCAAAAACAAAACAAGUUAGAAAGAGAAGCACCGAAGAUCGGAAAUCGCCCCGCUAGUCGGAGAGAGGGAAGGACGCGCAAGAACUGUCGCUGCGCGAUAUCGACCGCUCGCAGUUGCGGUUCUUGUGAGUAGGCUCGCAAUAUGGAAAACUCGUUCCAGGAGGCGAGAACGCGCUCGCGAGAUCGGCGUUGGCAUUAAUUAUAUUAGGCGCGUUAUUUGUAGAGAGUAGAAGUCGAGAUGGAGAAGCCACGUGGGUCGACAUCGGCGCGAUCAUUCGUGGCUGCACGUCACGUGUGCGGAUGAAGGGGAAAGUAAAGAAAAAUUCAAGAAAAUUCGCGGUAUCGGCGAAGUCGACGAAGCGUAAAAUUAACGGGGAUAAAUCGAUAGUUGGUCACACGAGACUCCGGAAUUCACGUCGAACGUGAUCGCGUUGCGUUCUGGCGAAUUGGCGAAUAUUAAAAGGAAAGAAAAACCGCGAAACUUCUAAAAUUUCUCUUACGCCGUGUGAGAGGAAGUUCACAAGAUCACGAGAUAUAUACAGGGAUAGCUGUAAUAGAGUUAGGGAAAAAUACAAUAAGUCGUGUAAUACCGUCGAAUCACGCCGAACAGCGUUUAAAGGGGCUAGAAGUCGCACAUUGACGUUAUAUUAACGUUAUACACGCAAGGCGACGUUCCGUUGACGUUACUUCGAGCAAAAACUCUUCGACCGCUAUCUAUUGCUUAUCGAUAGCGGCAGGAGAGAUCGGCAAGGCGAGACUAAACUCGCGAAAUCAUUGAUUCGUGCGGAUGCUGCCUCGCGAUUCGUGCCAAUCAGUAAUCGGGGGGAGGGGGAACUUCAAACAAAACAACAAAAGAAGAAUCAAGCAAAAGAGGACUACGAUCGAGGGGAAGGUGCGUAGACGGGAUGAGACACCGCACGUCGUACGCGGGGAGGGAGAGAACGAUCGUCGCGAGCAUCGUCAGGGGGACGGGGAAAGACGUGUGAAGAAGAGAGAAAAAGAGGAAGAAGGGAAGAGAAGUGCGAAGGGGAGAAAGCGAACGGGAAAAUAUAGAAGACACCAAGGUACAGGAUGUACGAGAAGGAGAGAUAAACAAUUCUUACCUGCCCCACACGGUUUUCAAGCACUUGUAUAAAUUACCGCAUAAUUGAAUUACGAUACUUAUUAUACUAUCAACACUGCUAAUACCGUUGCUACUAACAACACCUACCAGAAAAGAAGAAGAAGAAACAGCUAACUCUAUUACUAUUACUAACUAUUAACUACUGCUACUACCUAUUACUACU